AUUCUUCCACCUCAGCUCCACGGAGCCAGGAUUGGACAGAACAGGCAGGCAGCUGGCGGAGUGCCUGUCCGGUGCACAACCUUGGUGCUGCUCCAAAGAACACGUCUGCUGAAACCUGAAUCACAGCUCUCCUGAGCCUGAGCUCAGCGCUAUUGACCACUCUCCCCGUUUCAGUUGCUCACAGAUUGAAGGCAAGACCCUCCACCAGCAAAAAGAUUACAACUUCCUUUACUGCAAUGCUUGCUUUAUUGCAUUGGUCUGGAACUAAGCCUGUAAUAUCUCUAAGGAGCAGGAGGCCACCCACCACCAUGAGCAGCACCCUGUCACCCACAGACUUCGACAGUUUGGAGAUCCAGGGCCAGUACAGCGACAUCAACAAUCGCUGGGACCUGCCUGACUCGGACUGGGACAAUGACAGCAGCUCAGCCCGCCUCUUUGAGAGGUCUCGAAUUAAGGCCCUGGCAGAUGAGCGAGAAGCCGUGCAGAAGAAAACCUUCACCAAGUGGGUGAACUCACACCUGGCCCGGGUGACCUGCCGGGUGGGCGACCUGUACAGCGACCUCCGGGAUGGACGUAACCUCCUGAGGCUCCUCGAGGUGCUGUCGGGAGAGACACUGCCAAAGCCCACGAAGGGCCGCAUGCGGAUCCACUGCCUGGAGAAUGUGGACAAGGCCCUGCAGUUCCUGAAGGAGCAGAAAGUGCACUUGGAAAAUAUGGGGUCCCAUGACAUUGUGGACGGAAACCACCGCCUGACCCUGGGGCUGGUCUGGACGAUCAUCCUUCGGUUCCAGAUCCAAGACAUCAGUGUGGAAACAGAAGACAACAAGGAGAAGAAGUCAGCCAAGGAUGCCUUGCUGCUGUGGUGCCAGAUGAAGACGGCUGGGUAUCCCAAUGUCAACGUGCACAACUUCACCACCAGUUGGAGAGAUGGGCUGGCCUUCAACGCCAUUGUGCAUAAGCACCGGCCAGACCUGCUGGAUUUCGAGUCCCUGAAGAAGUGUAACGCCCACUACAACCUACAGAACGCCUUCAACCUGGCCGAGAAGGAGCUGGGGCUCACCAAGCUUCUGGACCCCGAAGAUGUGAAUGUGGACCAACCAGAUGAGAAAUCCAUCAUUACCUAUGUGGCUACUUACUAUCACUAUUUCUCCAAGAUGAAGGCCCUGGCUGUGGAAGGCAAAAGGAUUGGGAAGGUGCUGGACCACGCCAUGGAGGCCGAGCGGCUGGUGGAGAAGUACGAGUCCCUGGCCUCAGAGCUGCUGCAGUGGAUCGAGCAAACGAUCGUGACCCUCAAUGACCGGCAGCUGGCCAACUCCCUGAGCGGGGUCCAGAACCAGCUGCAGUCCUUCAAUUCUUACCGCACGGUGGAGAAGCCGCCCAAGUUCACAGAGAAAGGGAACCUGGAAGUGCUGCUCUUCACCAUCCAGAGCAAGCUGCGGGCCAACAACCAGAAGGUGUACACGCCCCGCGAGGGCCGGCUCAUCUCUGACAUCAACAAGGCCUGGGAGCGGCUGGAGAAGGCCGAGCAUGAGCGCGAGUUGGCCCUGCGCACCGAGCUGAUCCGCCAGGAGAAGCUGGAGCAGCUGGCCGCCCGCUUCGACCGCAAGGCCGCGAUGCGGGAGACCUGGCUCAGCGAGAACCAGCGCCUCGUGUCCCAGGUAGAACACGGGGGGUUCUUGGCCUGUCCAGGCUGCUGGGGAGAAGGGGGGAGAGGGUGGUGGAUAAGAAGCCCUGCAGGGUGGGGAGCUAAUGAAACAAGAAGUCCAUCACAUGGGCAUCGAUGUGCCUGGUGUGCCUGGCAGGGCCGGCUGCAGUCCCAGGACCUGGGCAAGCACCUGGCUGGAGUGGAGGACCUGCUGCAGCUACACGAGCUGGUGGAAGCAGACAUCGCCGCACAGGCUGAGAGGGUGCGGGCUGUCAGUGCCUCUGCCCUGCGCUUCUGUGACCCAGGAAAGGAGUACAAACCGUGCGACCCGCAGCUGGUGUCAGAGCGGGUGGCCACCCUGGAGCAGACCUACGAGGCCCUGUGCAAGUUGGCUGCCGCCAGGCGGGCCCGUCUGGAGGAGUCCCGGCGCCUCUGGCGUUUCCUCUGGGAGGCGGGCGAGGCCGAGGCCUGGGUGCGAGAGCAGCAGCACCUGCUGGCCUCAGCCGAAACUGGCCGGGACCUGACUGGUGUCCUCCGCCUGCUCAACAAGCACACAGCCCUGCGAGGCGAGAUGAGCGGCCGGCUGGGGCCCUUGAAGCUCACCCUGGAGCAGGGCCAGCAGUUAGUGGCCGAGGGCCACCCUGGGGCAGGCCAGCGCUACACCAUGCUCAGCGAGGCCGGGGCCUGCGGGCUGUGGGUGGAGGAGAAGGAGCAGUGGCUCAACGGGCUCACCCUGCCCGAGCGCCUGGAGGACCUGGAGGUGGUGCAGCAAAGGUUCGAGACCCUGGAGCCAGAAAUGAAUGCCCUCGCAGCUCGAAUUACUGCCGUGAACACCAUUGCAGAGCAGUUGCUGCAGGCCAACCCCGCGGGCAAGGACAGCAUCGUCAACACCCAGAAGCAGCUCAACCACAGGUGGCAGCAGUUUCGGUCCCUGGCGGAUGGCAAGAAGGCAGCUCUGACAUCAGCCCUGAGCAUCCAGAACUACCACCUGGAGUGCACGGAGACCCAGGCCUGGAUGAGAGAAAAGACCAAGGUCAUCGAGUCCACCCAGGGCCUGGGCAAUGACCUGGCUGGGGUGCUGGCACUGCAGCGCAAGCUGGCCGGCACCGAGCGGGACCUGGAGGCCAUCGCCACCCGGGUGGGUGAACUGACUCGAGAGGCAAAUGCCCUGGCUGCUGGCCACCCCGCCCAAAGCUCUGCCAUCCAUGCCCGGCUUGGAGAGGUGCAAGCCGGCUGGGAGGACCUCAGGGCCACCAUGAGACGUCGAGAGGAGUCGCUGGGUGAGGCACGGCGGCUGCAGGACUUCCUGCGCAGCUUAGAUGACUUCCAGGCUUGGCUGGGUCGCACGCAGACUGCUGUGGCCUCUGAAGAAGGGCCGGCCACCCUGCCUGAGGCAGAGGCCCUCCUGGCCCAACACGCAGCCCUGCGGGGAGAGGUGGAGCGGGCCCAGAGCGAGUACAGCCGGCUGCGGGCCUUGGGUGAGGAGGUGACCCGGGACCAGGCCGAUCCCCAGUGCCUCUUCCUACGGCAGCGACUGGAAGCCCUGGGAACCGGCUGGGAGGAGCUGGGCCGCAUGUGGGAGAGCCGGCAGGGCUGCCUGGCCCAGGCCCAUGGCUUCCAGGGGUUCCUGCGGGAUGCUCGCCAGGCCGAGGGCGUGCUCAGCAGCCAGGAAUACGUUCUGUCUCACACGGAGAUGCCAGGGACACUCCAGGCUGCGGACGCUACCAUAAAAAAACUGGAAGACUUCGUGAGCACCAUGGACGCCAACGGGGAGCGGAUCCGCGGGCUCCUGGAGGCCGGGCGGCAGCUGGUGUCUGAGGGCAACAUCCACGCGGAGAAGAUCCGAGAGAAGGCGGACUCCAUCGAGAGGAGACACGGGAAGAAUCAAGAAGCAGUGCAACAGCUUUUGGGACGUCUUCGGGACAACCGAGAGCAGCAGCAUUUCUUACAAGAUUGUCAUGAGCUGAAACUCUGGAUCGAUGAGAAGAUGCUGACGGCCCAGGACGUGUCCUACGACGAGGCCCGCAACCUGCACACAAAGUGGCAGAAGCACCAGGCGUUCAUGGCGGAGCUGGCCGCCAAUAAGGACUGGCUGGACAAGGUGGACAAGGAAGGGCGGGAGCUGAGCCUCGAGAAGCCAGAGCUGAAAGCCCUGGUGUCAGAGAAGCUGGAGGACCUGCACAGGCGCUGGGAUGAGCUGGAGACCACCACCCAGGCCAAGGCCCGCAGCCUCUUCGAUGCCAACCGGGCAGAGCUGUUUGCCCAGAGCUGCUCUGCCCUGGAGAGCUGGCUGCUGAGCCUGCAGGCCCAGCUGCACUCGGAUGACUACGGCAAGGACCUCACCAGCGUCAACAUUCUGCUCAAGAAGCAGCAGAUGCUGGAACGGGAGAUGGCCGUGCGGGAGAAGGAGGUGGAGGCCAUCCAGGCCCAGGCCAAAGCUCUGGCCCAGGAAGACCAGGGUGCAGGGGAGGUGGAGAGGACCUCGCGGGCUGUGGAGGAGAAGUUCAGGGCCCUGUGCCAGCCCAUGAGGGAGCGCUGCCAGCGCCUGCAGGCCUCCCGCGAGCAGCACCAGUUCCACCGGGAUGUGGAGGACGAGAUCUUGUGGGUGACGGAGCGUCUGCCCAUGGCCAGCUCCAGGGAGCAUGGCAAGGACCUGCCCAGUGUCCAGCUCCUCAUGAAGAAAAACCAGACGCUGCAAAAGGAGAUACAAGGCCACGAGCCACGGAUUGCGGACCUAAGGGAGCGGCAGCGUGCCCUGGGUGCGGCCGCGGCAGGCCCGGAGCUGGCUGAGCUACAGGAAAUGUGGAAACGCCUGAGCCAUGAGCUGGAGCUUCGAGGGAAGCGACUCGAAGAGGCCCUGCGAGCCCAGCAGUUCUACCGAGAUGCCGCCGAGGCCGAGGCCUGGAUGGGGGAGCAGGAGUUACACAUGAUGGGCCAGGAGAAAGCCAAGGAUGAGCUGAGCGCCCAGGCCGAGGUGAAGAAGCAUCAGGUAUUGGAGCAAGCCCUGGCUGACUACGCCCAGACCAUCCACCAGCUGGCAGCCAGCAGCCAAGACAUGAUUGACCACGACCACCCAGAGAGCACACGGAUAUCCAUCCGCCAAGCCCAGGUGGACAAGCUGUACGCUGGCCUGAAGGAGCUGGCCGGAGAGCGGCGGGAGCGCCUGCAGGAGCACCUGAGGCUGUGCCAGCUGCGCCGUGAGCUGGAUGACCUGGAGCAGUGGAUCCAGGAGCGCGAGGUGGUGGCAGCCUCGCACGAGCUGGGCCAGGACUACGAGCACGUGACGAUGCUCCGGGACAAAUUCCGAGAGUUCUCCCGGGACACGAGCACCAUCGGCCAGGAGCGCGUGGAUAGUGCCAACGCAUUGGCCAACGGGCUCAUCGACGGGGGCCAUGCCGCCCGGGCCACCGUGGCCGAGUGGAAGGACAGCCUCAACGAGGCCUGGGCUGACCUGCUCGAGCUGCUGGACACGCGGGGUCAGGUGCUGGCAGCUGCGUAUGAGCUACAGCGCUUCCUGCACGGGGCCCGCCAGGCCCUGGCGCGGGUGCAGCAAAAGCAGCAGCAGCUUCCCGAUGGGACCGGCCGAGACCUCAACGCGGCCGAAGCCCUGCAGCGCCGGCACUGUGCCUUCGAGCACGACAUCCAGGCCCUCAGCGCCCAGGUCCAGCAGGUGCAGGACGAUGGCCACCGGCUGCAGAAGGCCUACGCCGGAGACAAGGCCGAGGAGAUCGGCCGCCACAUGCAGGCUGUGACGGAGGCCUGGGCCCAGCUUCAGGGAAACUCUGCUGCCCGCCGCCAGCUGCUGCUGGACACGACAGACAAGUUCCGCUUCUUCAUGGCUGUCCGGGAGCUGAUGCUGUGGAUGGACGGGGUGAACCUGCAGAUGGAUGCCCAGGAGCGGCCCCGGGAUGUGUCCUCCGCAGACAUGGUUAUCAAGAACCACCAGGGCAUCAAAGCAGAGAUCGAGGCCAGGGCCGACCGCUUCUCCUCUUGCAUCGACAUGGGGCAGGGGCUGCUCGCCAGGAGCCACUAUGCAGCUGAGGAGAUCUCAGAGAAGCUGUCUCAGCUGCAGGCACGGCGCCAGGAGACCGCAGACAAGUGGCAGGAGAAGAUGGACUGGCUCCAGCUUGUUUUGGAGGUGCUCGUGUUUGGAAGAGACGCAGGUAUGGCCGAGGCCUGGCUGUGCAGCCAAGAGCCACUGGUGCGAAGUGCUGAGCUGGGUUGCACAGUUGAUGAAGUCGAGAACCUCAUCAAGCGGCACGAGGCCUUCCAGAAGUCAGCAGUGGCCUGGGAGGAGCGUUUCAGUGCGCUGGAGAAGCUCACCGCGUUGGAGGAGCAGGAGAAGGAGCGGAAAAGAAAGAGAGAAGAGGAGGAACGGAGGAAACAGCCCCCUGCUCCGGAGCCCACAGCCAGUCUGCCCGGAGGGGUCCUUGAGGACGGCCAGACGGCUCCUGAUGCUUCCUGGGACGGAGCCCACCCCCGGCUACCAGCACCCACACAGGCAGCCAGCAUUAACGGAGUCUGCACAGAUGGAGAGUCCCCCCAGCCCCUGUUGGAACAACAAAGACUUGAGCAGGGCAGCUUCCCAGAAGGGCCUGCGUCUGGCCCAGGAGGCGAGACCAACGGGCCCCAGGGAGAGAGGCAGACCCGGAUACAGGGCUCGGCCCCUCCUAUCCUGCCCCAGAGCAGGUCAUCUGAGUCAGCCCGGGUUGCCACCUUGCCCUCUCGAGGCCCAGAGCUCUCUGCCCAGGAACAGAUGGAGGGGAUGCUGUGCCGCAAGCAGGAGAUGGAGGCCUUCGGCAAGAAGGCUGCCAACAGGUCAUGGCAGAAUGUGUACUGUGUCCUGCGGCAUGGGAGCCUUGGUUUCUACAAGGAUGUGAAGGCAGCCAGCACGGGAGUGCCAUACCACGGAGAAGUGCCUGUCAGCCUGGCCAGGGCCCAGGGCAGUGUCGCCUUUGAUUAUCGGAAGCGCAAACAUGUUUUCAAGCUGGGCUUACAGGAUGGAAAAGAAUAUUUAUUCCAAGCCAAGGAUGAGGCAGAGAUGAGCUCGUGGCUGCGGGUGGUGAAUGCAGCCAUUGCCACUGCGUCCUCUGCCUCUGGAGAGCCUGAAGAGCCAACGGUGCCCAGUGCCACCCGGGGCAUGACCCGGGCCAUGACAAUGCCCCCAGUGUCACCGGUCGGGGCUGAGGGGCCCGUGGUACUUCGCAGCAAGGACGGCAGAGAACGAGAGCGAGAAAAGCGCUUCAGCUUCUUCAAGAAGAAUAAGUAGUUGGGGGCAAGACUCCCCGGCUAGCUCCUCCCUUUGUUCAGGAAACUGCCAGGGACUGUCAACUGGGACCACCCUCUUGUCAGGACAACUGCCUGCUGCUAGGGUCUGUUGCCAAGGUCAGCCCAUCACCAGGAACUGUCUCCGGGGACAAGUCAGUGUUCCCAUGGACAACCCUUCUCUUCUGCUAUUUAAUUCCGGACUGGUGGUGGGACCCAGGCAACCCCCGAUUCUACUCCCCCGACUUCCCUCUUCCCCGGCCUUAAACCUCGAUUCCCACCACAGUGCGGACAGUGCCGCACCCUCAGUGUAGGCCACGUGGGGAAUGGCUGCCCCUGCCUCAGGGUCAUUCUCCCACCACAGCUAGGGCACGCUGUCUGGUGCCUUGCCCCUGGGGACCAGCCAGGAACCUCUAAGAGCUGAAGCAGGACCUGGGGGCAAGAUGGCCGGAUGAUGGAGUCAGAGACACCGAAGCUCCCCAUUCCAUCCUUCUUCAUCCUCUGACUCAAGCGGCCACUCCAUCUCCAGCGACUCUUAAUGGCUUCCAGGUGUGAGUUGUUCAGGGGCAACCACAGCCUUGAUUGAGUCUGGCCAAGGAGGUGAUUAAACAGCUCAGCUUCUC